UCCACGUAAUGACCAAGAAAUCGUAGGUGGCGAUACUGUCUAAUUGGCCGCAGUGACUACAGAUCCGCACAGAUCCGUAGGCCGUAGGUCGAGUCGAAUUGGUCGAACUAGUCGAAGUAAAUUAUUUAGCGUAAUACGUGAUAUCUGGUGUGAAAAACGUUCCAUCAUCCAAAUUAAGUUUGAUUAAAAUAUUGAAAAAUGAGGUGCAUAGCUGUUGGAUGCACAUCGGGAUACAAAAGUAAUCCUGAAAAUGUACAUUUUUUUCGUGUACCGAAAAAUAAAAAUAAGUCGGAAGAAUGGCAAAAAGCAUGUCGACGAAAGGAUUUAGUUUUAAAUUCAUCACAUUGUUUUUGCGAACACCACUUCGCAAAAGAAGAUAUUAUUUGUAAAAAAAUAUUUCGUAACAAAGAUGGUGAAAUUAUUCAAGAGAUUCCAUUAAAAAGAGCAUAUCUUAAGGAAGGUGCAGUACCUUCAAUGUUUCCUUGGACAGAGUUUGGAAAUACAGGAAAUACUGAAAGUACUGUAACAGACAAUGCAGACAAUAUAAACAAUAUCUGUAUAGGGGAAAGUACUAAACUCAACUAUGAAGACAUCUCAGACACUUUAACAUUUAAUGAAUUAAAAUGUAAUGAUAAGCUUUAUCUUCCUGUUGGCUGGAAUAGAAACACAUUUCCAUUCGAAAAUACCUCUGUCAUAAUAUUUUAUAGAAUGAUAUGUAAAAUCAAUGAAACAGAAAGUCAGUUAAUUUCAAUAAAAGAAAUAUGGAUAACUGAGGACAUGAAAAUGCAAGUAAAAGCUUUAGGAAAGCCUAUUAAUCUAAACAUAUUUGGUAUAAGUAAUGAGUUUCUGUCAUCACUGAAUAUAUUAGAAGAUUUGAUAAAGAUGGUUGAAACCUUUCAGAUAUGCAAAGCUUAUGAGAAGCAAUGUGAAACUGAGUGCACCAGUGUUGCAUUAAAAGAAAGCAAUAAUAUAUUAAGACACCAAAAAUGCCCUGUACUAUUAAAAGAUUUAAUUCAAUGUGACUUUUGUAAAAGUUUAAGUUACACUUUAGACAGGAAGAGAAAGCGCUUAAAUGAUAAAGGAACUGAGAUAAAAAGAAUUAGAGUGGAUUACUUAUCUCCAACAAAGAAAAAUAUAAUUGAUGAUAUUAGAAAACAGAAAUAUAAUCUAACAAAGUUUAAAAAUCGUAAAAUAUGUACUAUUGAAAAGAUACGAGGAGAGAUAGAAAAAAUACAAGAAGAUUUAAAUGAAAGAAAUAAAGAAAUGUUGGAAAAUGUAAUGAAAGAAAGAUCCCAACCUAUCAACAAGAAGCUCUGAAAGAAAUAUUAUCAUCUUCAUUGAAAAAGAAUGCUAAAGGCAGACGUUAUUCUGAGAAAUGGAUUUUAUUAUGUUUGCUGUUUCAUAUGAGGUCUCCAAAAGGAUACGACUUUAUAUUAAAUAAUAAAGUACUGCCAUUGCCUUCUCCAAGGCACGCUAAUCAGCGUGAUAGCGUUUCUCGUCCAGUGAAGCUGGAGGCACAUGAAAUGGGAAGAAUGCUGGAUGUUGCAGUUUCAUUUCGUAACAGUAUUAGUGUAGCUAUGGGAGAGAAAAACGUGGUAUAUGUUUGGGGAUAUUAUCUAGGACAAUGUAUUAGAGUCCCAAAGUAUACACCAUUAAAACAUUUGCACGAUCCUUUUGCGUUUUAUUCACCGGGUCGUAUAAUGUAUCAACCACUUAUAGUUUGUGAAGAACCAACGGAAGCUAGUGUGAUCGAUUGUUUGUGGAAUGCAUUUAACGACCCAAUUACAAGCGACCUGAUCAUAAAAGUGCAAGGAAAACCCAUCCACGUACAUAAAGCAAUUUUGAAAAUACGUUGUCAAUACUUCAGAACAAUGUUUCAAGACAAUUGGGCAGAGAAUACUGCAAGUGACGUGUCAAUCGAUACAUUUUCUUAUGAAGUAUAUAGAUCAUUUCUAAAAUAUUUAUAUACCGACAAAAUUGAUCCAGUUUCCGACUCCGAACUAGUGGAACUUUUGGAGUUAGCCAAUAUGUACCUUGUAAGCCACUUAAAAGAACAUUGUAUACAGAUGUUGAUGAAAAAAGUUACAUUGGAAAACAUAGUUCCUUUUUAUGCUAUAUCUUUUAAAUAUCAUAGUAAGGAACUACAGAAAUGUUGCUUCAAAUUUGCAUUCAAUCAUAUGACUGCAGUAAUGCAAAAUCCAGAUUUUCUAGAGUUGGAUACAAAUAUUCUAAAGAUUUUUUUUAGUGAAGCUGCCCAAGCUGGUGCUUUUAAAAUGUAGUUUGUAAUUAUGUGAACAAUACAAGGCAAUUUUUGUUCUGGUUGGAGAGGAAUGCGACAACCCAU